AUGGCAAACGCCAACCCAGUUGACGGAGUUUUCUCUUUUGAUGUCAUAAUCAAUAAGGCCGUCGGUCUCGUCAUCCGGGUUUACCAUCCGGCACUAGUAGAUGAAGCUCAUCUGGGCAUUGUGGAGCUUGAACGGUCCCUUAACGCCACUGAGGUUGUCCCAAUGAUCAUCUUCUAUCAUGGAGGGAGCUUUGCUCACUCCUCCUGCAACAGUGCCAUUUAUGACACUCUUUGCCUGUGGCUCAUUGGCAUCUGCGGCCCUGUAGUGGUAUCUGUUAAGUACCACCAUGCACUGGAAAACGGGUAUGAAGACGAUCAAUUAAAAGAGGGAAGGGCUUGGAUGAAGACGAUGAGAUUGAAAGAGGGAAAGGGCUUCGAUGAAGACGAUGAGAGUGAAUGA